AUGCAUCCAUCGGAAAUUGAAGAUAUACCGGACGCACCAACGGACAGCCAGUCUUUCAGCGUAGACGACAAAGGCAUCAGAAAGCAACUGUUCAAGAAACGAAGCACCUCUUCAACAUGUGCUAGUCUCCUUGAAACAGAAGCAGAAGAAUUACUGAGAACCAGUCAAAGUCCUUUAGGGAAUUUGAGAAAAAAACACCAUGUUUUGACGCCGAGGCACAGCGAAAGAGCUUUGGGAAUCGCAAUGGAUCCAUCAGUCUGCAUGAAGUCAAAAAGAUCCAAAUUCGGAGGAAUAGUCAACUGGUUCAAAAAGGGAGACAGUUCAUCUACAGAUGAUCAAGAAAUGCGAGAUAAUGGGGAAUCCGUCACCGACACAGCCAGUUUUGUGAGAAAGCCUUCGGUAUACUAUCAAAAACCAAGCAAAAGCAAUGUUAUAAAGAAGGCCAAACGGAGGAUGGAGGGAAAGUUCAAAUUUGUCUUGAAGAAAGGGAAAAAGAAAGAUGGUGGUUCGGAGGACUCCGGAGCUGGCCAUUUCAGCAGGAAAAACUCCUUCGACCAGGGAGAGACUUCCAGGGAAUCAGAAUUUGUUGUGCUCAAAGAAAGGAAGCUUGUAUCUACAACGCUUGUACAUGAGGGAGUAGCGAGGCUGUCAUUUCUGCUAGAAACUUGUCCACCUGGAUCGGUGCCAGACGCGCAUCUUUUAGCAUCAACGUUGGAUCUGCCUCACUCGACAGUGGUAGCUAGAGCCGCAUUAUUGCUGGAAUGCGCGUCCUUCGUCCACAGCUGCAAUAAAGGGCAAUGGCCAUCCUGGAUGAAAUUGUCAUUUCCGGUGUUCAGGCCAUCAGGGCCCCUCCCGCAUAGGGGGAAUAAUCCAGGCAUAAGGAGAUCACACAUUUUACAGAGUACGGCGGGAAAGAUGUUUCACCAGUGGGCCGAGACUAUCGGUCAGCGUCUAGAAGAAAUGAUGAAGGAAGACAAAAAUCUUCAGCCGGCAAUUACAGAAAUCGUGUCUGAUGAACAGAAGCAGAAAGAGCUACUGAUCCAAGACGAAGAAGAAGAUUUCUUAGAUGAAGCUAGUAUUGAAACAUACGGAUCGUCAUGUCCCAUGCCGCUAAGGAUCGUCGCUUGUGUGUUGCUACACGAAAUCACAGCAUUUCUCAGGGAGACCUACCAGACUCUACCCAAAUCGUCGAGGAUUGUCAGCAAGGACAGACCUCCUCCAUGGGAGAAAUUGUAUAGCAAGGAAGCGAACCGAAGGUGGAGCAUGGCUCUGAGUUCUAUGGGUCAUUCUCAAACUUCGGCGCAAAGCUUGCAAAGCAUUGCGGGCGGCGAUCCCGUAACAGGACAAGCUGAGAGAAAAAUUAGUUUUGUAUUACAUGAACCAGACAACGAAUCAGAGGGUAGCAGUAAUACGACAGUCACAAUGCAGGGAGAAGAGCCAAAACGAAUGGCACAUCAACCAAGACCUCAUCUCCUUAGAAGAGGGACAGCCGCUCAAACCGGUGGAUCUUUCAAAAGACGAAGCCUGAAAUUGCGAAGAGGCACGAAAGAAGGAAAAGACAUGGAUAUGGAGGAUUCGAUCCAAUCGAAGCGAAAGGUGAGCUCUUUAUCGGACAGAAGUGACACAUCAGAACCUGGCGGUGCAGGAGAUGCGAGCGAAGAGGAGUCUACCGGAGUGCCAAGUGACGAGCAGCCUCCAGAGAGUCCAAGUGAUAGCAAUGACACGGACGACACGUCCAGAAACAUGCCGUGGCUGAAGGUAAUGGUGGAUGUAUCAAAUUCCCUCUACUACUACUGUCCGCAUCAGAGCUUCUGUCAUCCUUUUUGUUACCGCAGAGUGAUGAGGGGUUGUGGGAGGCUCAUCAAGGCUGUGCGUAAGGUGUACGGUGAACAAUUUGGAAUUGUAGAAGACCGAUUAAGUAUGGAUUCUGUGGGGAAAAAAAAGAACAAGAAAGAUAAGAAUCAAAGUAGAAAGGUUUCGGAUCAAACCAGUUCAACGGUUUCACCGAUCAGGAUUGAUAAAUCGUUUGAUAGUUCGCAGCUAGGAAAAAACACUUCCAAGGAAUCAUCACGGGAUGUUCUAGAUUCGGAAAGUGGUGAUGUUAAAGGCAAGAUUAACGAAGAGAAAACCAAAUGUGAUCCUCCCCCAAUUCUGAAAUAUAUUCAUGGAUAUGUGAAAGACGCCUUUCAUGCUCCACUAGCAACCCUCAUUAAAGGUGCCGCGGUGUUGCCUGAAGACCAAUUUCCGGAAAUAAUUCCCGUGGCCUGGCAACUACUUUUAGAGACGAAUCAGGAGGUAGCAGCAUGUGCCGCAUCCAUAUUUAUUUUAGCUGCGGUGAAGGCACCACAACAGGUGUCCGAUAUUAUGCAACAUGGGCUUUCCCAUCCGGAUUGUUCCGUGAGAAUUAAUGCUAUUUUGAGGUUCCAAGUUCUUUGGAAGAUGAGAUACCAAGCGUGGUCCCGAAUGGAAGAAAAUGCUCAAAUGUUGUUUAAAGUUCCACCACCUGGAAUUGAAUUUACACUUCCAUCUCCAAAAAUUGGUAUCGAAUCUCUUGAAGUAGUGGAUGCACCUUGGGUCCCUUCGGUUAAAACAAAGGUCGAAGAAGUUACCAUCAACCAGGAGAGACACAGGUCAUUGGUGACUGCAACGAAAACAAGGAAGAAGCAACAAACUGAGUUGAUCAAAAUGGCUCUGCAGGCGCAGGAUGACAAAAAAAGAGAAGAACGAGAAAAAUUUUUGAUCACUACAAUACCUAUCACUAUACAAGCCGCUCACGAGCCAAGUCUGCACCAUGCGAUGGACGAAGAGCAGGCGGACGGUCCACCCAGAAACACCGCAACUCACCAUCUACAUUCAGCUCAUUCCCUUUUCCCAUCUUGCCUUUGUUCGGCAGUUGUACAAAUAAUCAACUUACUCGACGACGCUGCAGUAUCUGUCGAUGGAAACGCAGUCUAUGAAGUCGCGUAUCAAGUAAUAUGGACUUGUUUGGUGGAGGACAGUGCGCUAUUUUUGAGAUAUAUCCUUGAGCGGCUGACAAGAGAGAAGCAGGAUCUUAUGAUAAAAAUACUUAGACAUUUGAUAAGAUUCAUUCCCAAGCUACCCCAGCAGGCAGCAUUCGCCCUUUAUAACUACAUAAUAGGAUAUGUCAUGUUCUACGUAAGGACACCGCACGAAAACGGUCAGCAGCUGAUUGGGUCAGCUUUGUCCUUACUUUGGAUGGUUGUCCACAGCGUUCACGGAAUAAUGUUCAAAGAUCUGAAACAAAUUUUAAGGAAAGAACAAUGCGAUGCUUCAAUCCUCUUAACUGCAAAUGUCCCAUCGGCAAAGAAAAUAAUUGUCCAUGGACCUCAAGAUCCAGAUGCUGGGGGUAUUCCGUCACAGUUUCCCGUUCAGGAAGAUACGCAAUUCUAUCAGAUCCUGCGAGAAUCGCUGGACUUUUUCGGCAUUGACGAAAACAAGCACAAGGAAUAUUUUUUGGUAGACUAUAAAACCCAUCAAAUUCGUAAUCCAUCAGCUUACGUCCGCGAUUUUUAUUUCUUCAAGAGGUCUCAGUAUCCGCAAUUAGAAUUGGUUCAUAUGGACCCAGAUGCAGCAUUCAAUGCCUUGCAGCAGCAUGAGCUUGUUCACAAAUUUGUCGAAAUAGGAAAGGUUUUAUUAACCUGGGCUAUAUUGAAGAACGUGGAUAUGGUUGUACAAAGAGUGGUAUUUCUUCACGAAGAGCUGAUGAAACUGCCCUCUUUUCCGAGAAAGGCCUUAGAAUCCAGCUUGGAACUAUAUAAGUCAGGUCCCUUGGGUAAAGAGCUUCUCGGAUUGGAUGUUUUACAUAAGUUUAUGUGGGUUAGGCUGAUUGCUAGAAUGUUCGAAGCUAUGGCUGGCAAUUUCGCUUACUCCGGAGAUAUCCACCUCUUUGUUAACGUACUCAAUGGAGCUGUGGUUCUACACUCGGAAGAUGCAUGUAUUUUAAGAUACGUUAUGGCUACCUAUAUCAAUGCAGCGUUCCAUUUCAAAAACAUAUUUUCAACUAACGGCUACCUAUUGAUUAUGCCAACUUUGUUGAAGAUAUAUUCCAACCAUCAAUCCAACAAACUAGUAACUACUACGAUCGAAUAUGCAGUGAAGCAAUUUUAUAUGAUGAACAGAAAACCGUUCAUAUUGCAGAUGUUUGGAUCUGUAUCGGCUAUGUUGGAUACCGAUGAAGAAGGCACAUUCGGAGAUGCCCAUAAGAUACAAUCAAGCUGUCUGUUUAAUUUAUUACUCAGUUUGGAAACUCCAUCUCCGGAUCCUUUGAAUAUUGCAGAGUUGGUGAAAGAGGACAAGCCUCUGAAGGCCAUAGAUUUUUGUUAUCACGACGAGAACGAAAUGGUUACCAUUCUGGAUUGUAUUUCCAUGUGUGUGAUGGUAGUAUCGUAUGCUUCGGAGAGUGUCAGGGGCUAUCAAAUGCUGAUUAUACUGGAGGCUAUUCUACCGUGUUACGUGAAGCAAAUUCAAAAACCUUCGUACAACAAAGAAGGAAAGGCAGAAAAAGAGAUUAUACACCAGCUGGCUGUGGCGAUAAGGACACUCGUCAACAACUGCGAGGCACUGACUAAAAGCUAUAACGGUCCUUAUAAAUCAAGUCCUGAACACAAAGGUUCUAGCCAAAGGAACUACAGUAGAGGGCCGUAUUCGCCUGGGUUUGACUUUGAGGACGACUCUCAUUCUAAAUUCAUGAGCGAACAUUCCAGGGCGAAAAGCAUGUACGACCACGAGGUAGAAGAUUCUGAGGUGCUGAGAGCCGAAUAUCGUAGACCAAGGGACGUUCUUCUAUCGUUGGUAGGAGAGUUUGUGAACAGAGCGUCGAUGCGCCUGCAAGAAUUGUAUAAAAAGAAUGACUGCGAUGGAAAAGUCGUUGAAUUGCUGGAUAUUAGGUCGCACAUCCGCCUGGCUGAUAUAGCUCAUACGCUGCUCAAAGUUUCUCCUUACGAUCCCGAAUCAAUGGGAUGCAGAGGUCUUCAACAUUACAUGGGCUACAUUUUACCAUCGGCUGAUUGGUCGAACGAUGCCAUGCGGCCGGCAUUAGUUACGAUUUUACGCCGGCUGGACAAGGUUUUCCAGAAGAUAUCGAAAAAGCCUUCGAUAAGAAGAAACACGGAUUGGGAUGCGGCAGCAGGAUUGCUCAAAGGAAUUUACGAUACGAUGAUUAAACAUUCGUACAUUGUCCACUGGUCGCAAAUUAAGGCAUUAAUUAAUACUUGUCAGAGCCUGAUUGUGAGCGAUUUGGUCCCUGCAGAAGGCGUGUCCGGUGCUACGGUUGCUCUUAUGAGCCAAGCUCCCCCCGCACACUUCUGUUCAAUGGUCGUUAGGCUUAUAGCUUUACAAAUACAAAACGGCCAGGACUCUUGCACCUUAGAACAAGUCUGCGGAGGCAGUUCGUUGUUUCCAAGCCAAGAGAAGACUGAGAGUAUGAUAAUAAACCUCGUUAUGCCGCUGUGUUUGAGAGUUGGAUCCGGCAGAAAAGUCACAGACGUUCCACAGAUGAAGCCUAGCGAUGUCAGCUUCUCGCUAACGUUGAUUCUGCACGCCAUGAGCCCUCCCAAUAUAAAGACAGCUGGACCAUCAGGGGCUAACGUGAAACCAGUGGCGGAAAUAAGGACCGGUAGCCUUACCUUUACAGGAACUAGGGAUACGAAAACCUCAGCUAAAAUAAACAGCUCUCUGUAUCAAGUGGCAUUUUUAGCUCUAAAAAUUAUGAGUAUCUGCUUCGAAAACGAACUAACAAUGGAAUGGAUGAAAAUAGGAAGAACCAUGAGAGAACUAGGAAAACGUAAUGAAGCGGCUAGCUAUUUAUGGGACUUUCUCGACUUUGUGGUGACGCAUCGAACUACGCUGUACAUUUUGAUGCAACCUUUCAUUUUUUUGAAGUUAGCUCAGCCGCCAAUAUCCGAUUUCGAAAGAAACAUGCAUACGAAAAUAAGAAACAAAAUGAGAAGUAUCGAUUUGCCUUUGCCGAAAGGUAAAGGGGCGCUGCUUAUGGAACUGGCUCAGGAGAUGAAAGUUUUGAAAGAGGAAUUAGACGAGUCUACCGAAUCAUCCUCUGAAGCAAAGAAACCGGAUUCAACGCCGACUUGUCAAGUGACCAGCGAGGUUCAACAGCCAAGGCAUCAGAGGCAUUCUCUCAUCGGUUUGUUCACUAGCGAAGGACACCACGGAUCAAAAACUGCACCGGCUCACUCUCAGAUCAAAGAAUCUUCAACAAGUACCAGCCAUGUAUCUACUCCAAACCAAGGGAAUACAGUGAGUAGUGAAGGACAUGAUACAAACGCAAACGGCAGUUCUGCAACUUGUAAUAUCCCAGGUGAAACUUCAACAACUCCACUUAGUGCAACCAGCCCGGUAGACGACAGUUCUGGGGAAACAUUUAGCAAGCCUCGGCUGCAAAGAAUCAAACCUCAAAGUCGUAAGACAUUUCGCCUGAAGAGAAGUCGUAAAGGGGAGAGCGAGACGUCGCAUACCAGACUAGACUCUGAAGAUUGCAGUCCUCCAACGUCUCAACAUUCUCAUUCGUUGGACAUUUAUUCGCCUCCAUUGACUCCCGUAAUAAUGACAACGCAGACGGAAGAAUCCUGUGGAUCACCUUCUGACGGAGCAAAAGAUCAACAGGGAACAUCAGCGUCGACCGCAGUUAUCGACGAUAAGAAACAGCAGACACUUUUGUCACAAACCGAGCAAAUCGCAACUCAAGAUUCUCAUCGUUUGCGGAUCGCUACUAGAGGAAAGAUGACAGAUGGAUCGUGGGAUGAAGACUCGGCCAUAUCUCAAACGUCCAGCACGUCUGGAUAUAGGGAAUCGUAUCCCGUAAUGCACUUAAAAGAAUCCCUAGAGACGUCAUUGAAGCCUUUUCCACCUUUAGCGUCUCCGGACAUCAACAGCUUUCCGUCUACGAGCAGCGCUGCCACAACGGACAACUUCUUUCACUUGGACAACUCAUCUCCAGACUGUUCCCUGAACGAAAAUGGUGAAAAGACGGCACUCCUCGGACAAACCGAGAGAUCUUCCUCGCAGCAUUCGUUGCUGAUGGUUUUUGAUCAUCAGGAUGAGACAACGUUUAUGUAAUAUCCAACUAGUCGUUUUCAGUAAUUCCUGUUACGGGAAAGUAUCGCACCUCCUCGGGGUGGCUAUAAAAUACAAUGAAUUUCACGCUGUAUAUGUAUGUAUAUGGUCGAAAAUUGAGAGAACAGAUGAUUAAGAUCAUCCACUUCACCAUCUACCUAGCAGAAGGAUGAAUCUCUUAAUCUUAUUUUGAAAAGGUAUGGAGAAAUUUUUCUAGUUUUUUUUUAUUGAUGUUACAAUUGAAGGCGUGUGGAAUACACGUUUUAUGUAGCAGAUAGUAUGUGCUCUAUAAAAAUAAUAAAC